UAGUUUAGAUUCCAAUCUAAACUAUAGGUUUAUAGUGACAGAAGAGAAAUUCGAGAUACAAUUAUUUAUAAUUUUCUGUGAUACUUUAUACAAUUCAACUACAAUGAAUACGAAGGAAAAAGAGAAAUACAUCGAGGAAUUUGAUUUUCCAUAUUGCGAUGAAUCUUCGAAGUAUGAAAAAGUUGCGAAAAUUGGCCAGGGAACUUUUGGGGAAGUGUUUAAAGCUAGAGACAAGAAAACAAAUAAGAAGUUUGUUGCAAUGAAGAAAGUACUAAUGGACAAUGAAAAAGAAGGGUUCCCUAUUACAGCGUUACGAGAGAUAAAAAUAUUACAAUUACUGAAACAUGAGAAUGUUGUUAAUCUUAUAGAGAUUUGCAGAACACGAGCAACUCAAUACAAUCGGUAUCGUUCUACCUUUUAUCUAAUAUUCGAUUUUUGUGAACACGACUUGGCUGGCUUGUUGUCAAAUGUAAAUGUAAAAUUUAGUUUAGGAGAGAUAAAAAAAGUUAUGCAACAGUUAUUAAAUGGUCUUUAUUACAUACAUAGUAAUAAGAUUUUACAUAGGGAUAUGAAAGCUGCUAAUGUUCUAAUAACAAAAAAUGGUGUUCUAAAAUUAGCUGAUUUUGGUUUGGCACGAGCAUUUAGUGCAAAAAAUGGCCAUUCGAAUCGUUAUACAAACCGAGUUGUUACUCUUUGGUACCGACCGCCUGAACUUCUACUCGGUGAUAGGAAUUAUGGACCUCCUGUAGAUUUGUGGGGUGCUGGUUGUAUAAUGGCAGAAAUGUGGACAAGGUCUCCUAUAAUGCAAGGUAAUACUGAGCAGCAACAGCUUAUAUUGAUCUCGCAAUUAUGUGGUUCAAUAACGACUGAAGUUUGGCCUGGAGUUGAAAACCUAGAUUUGUUUAAUAAGAUGGAUCUUCCUAAAGGACAAAAACGAAAGGUGAAGGAUAGAUUAAAGCCAUAUCUGAAAGAUCCUUACGCUUGCGACUUGUUGGACAAACUUUUAAUUCUUGAUCCUAGUAAAAGAUGUGAUUCUGACUCGGCGCUCAAUCAUGAUUUUUUCUGGACUGAUCCAAUGCCGUGUGAUCUCAGCAAAAUGUUGGCACAACACACUCAGAGUAUGUUUGAAUAUCUGGCACCGCCAAGACGACCUGGUCAUAUGCGUCAUCCGCACCAUCAAGUACCUGGAGGACCAACUAAGCCUAGUUCUAGUAUGGCUGAAAGUGGAUACCAAGAUCGCGUUUUUUAGUGCAUUUUAUUCCAAUAUAUAUGUAAUGUAAUAUAUAUUUUAUAUAUGUACACGUAUAUAAAUUUUAUACCAGAUU